AUGUUUCUUUGUCUCGCUUGUCUGAUUGGCCCCGGGCCAAGACCGCUCAGCUGCUUGGCUGUCGUCAGUCGAAACGAAAUGGAAAUCCAAGUGGAAACUCGUCUAACUACCUACCUAGUAGUAGAUAGACAAUCUCAAGCGUUACUAGACCGAGUUACCGGGAAGCCGAGGCGGUGCGUGCAAGGGUUUGUCGGGGAUCUGGCGGAGAAGAAGGAGGAGUCGAAGAAUCAUGGAUGUUUUGUUGAUGUUGCAUGGACCAAGUCGCAGAACGAACUCUUAGUCGCCCACCAGCACCAGCACAGGCAAGAGGCACCAGGUACUGCAAUCGCCCAAAUCGUGUCUGGUGACGUCUUCCGUCCUCGUACCUGGUACCUGCUAGGCGCCAUUGUACCUGCGCGCGUGCACAUCCGCGGCCACGGUGCCCAUAGCGGCCAUAUGGCGACCCGCCGCUAA